CUGGGUGAGAACCCUCAAUGCUCUAGCUAGCCCUUUCAAGGGUUUAUAACACACGCUUCGUCCGUUGUUGAUAGUCUGUCACUGCUUCAGUGCUUCCUUAGAUUCCUCGAAUCGGCCUCAAUGGGAAGCACAGCCGUGGAGAAGACGGAGGACGAGCUCCGUAAAGAGAUCGAUGAGCUUCAACGCCAGCAGCGAGAGAUUACAGAGCGGCUUCGAGAUCCUCGAGGGAUUCGCCGAGGUGGGUUAGCAGGUGCUGGCCCCCGCAACCUCGCCGCUAAUGGGGUUCGGCAGCGAGGCUUUGUUCGACCUAGUGACCGGAAUGAAUCAGAAGAUCAACCUCCUGCAAAGCGCCGACUUUCGUCAGCCGUUGUUAAGGUGGAAGAUGGAGAGCUGCUUGAGGAUGCUGAUGCUGGACAGGAAGUUAAGACGGAUUAUUCAGCCAGCGAUGAUGUUAAUGGGACCGAUGAAGCCAUUCAGGGUGAUAGGAAGCCAUCCAAUUUCCAGAAAAGUGGGUGGUCUAGAAGAGAUAGCAAUCAAAGAACUUCAAAAACGGAUUCUGAGAUUCCUGCUGCAGAACCUGUUCCAAGGGUAUUGCAAAAGGAUGAGGAUCCCCGAUUGGUUAAUAGAAAUAAAAGAAUGCUGGGUCAGCUCUUGGGGACUUUGGAGAAAUUCAGAAAGGAAGACAUGCAACUUUCAGGAACAGAAGCAUACAUGAGAAGAUCUACCUCUCUACAAAGAGCUGAGCAAAGAGCACGUGAAGAAAGUGAAAGGCUUAGGAAAGAAGAGCGCGAACAGAUUGCUGAAAAGCGACGGAGAGACUUGACUCUUAGAGCACGUGUGGCUGCUAAGACAGAAGAAAAGAAAUUGGAGUUGCUGUUUCUUCGGUGGAGUGACCAUCAUAAAAGGCUAUGCAAUUUUAUAAGGACUAAGACAGAACCUCCAAUUUAUUAUUUGCCCAACAAGCCCUUGGAUGAAGAUGAGGCAUCCUCAGAGAAGCGCAAAGAAGAGGCAUUUCUUGAAUGGAAGAACGCAAGAAGAGAGGAGCUAUCUGAGUAUCAGAAACAGAUUGGGGAACAGUAUAUUGCUAAUGUUGAGAAGGAGUUGGAGAGAUGGCAGAAUGCAAGAAAAACAAGAAAAGUAAAUAAUGACCAGGAUUUACAGGAAACCAUGGACAAAGAAUUGGAUACUCAUAGGCUGGAGCAUGGUCCCAAGAAGAGAAAGAUUCCUGGGGGAGGCAACAACGAAGUGGACGAUGAUGAUGUGGAGGAUAUAAAUGUUGGAGAGGAUGAUAUCAUGGAUGAUGUCCUAGUUGAUGAUGAUUCUGGUAGAAGGGUUGAUGAAACAAGCAAGGCUGAAGCUGAUAAUUUCAGUGCAGAUCCAGUGGCAGAUGCUGGUAACGUGGACCAGAAGUGAUGGGUCGGCAGAUUCCAGAAUUUGCAAUGAUUCCUUAAAAAAAUAUUGGGCUGAUGUGGUUGUUUUGUUGGUUGUUUCUGGUGGGCCCUAGUGAUAUAUAUUUCUUUUUUAUACCUUCAUCCAUUAUUACCUCAGUAGCUUCUGUAUUAGAGCGUAGUAUCUAUAAGUUGUUGUAAUUUGGAGAAUUAGAGCAAUGCACAACAUGCCUGUGGGUUUGUGCCCUUAAUCAGCAUUGAUAUUUCUAGCA